AUGGAAGGAAAGAAUCAAACAGCUCUAUCGGAAUUCAUUAUCUUGGGAUUCGCCAACCUAAAUGAAUUACAGUUUUUAUUAUUCACUGUCUUCUUUCUGACUUAUAUAUGUACACUGGGAGGAAAUACUUUCAUCAUUUUGGUGACUAUAGCUGAUCCACAUCUGCAUACGCCCAUGUAUUAUUUCUUAGGGAACUUGGCUUUUCUUGAUAUCUGCUACACCACCACCAAUGUCCCCCAAAUGAUGGUGCAUCUUCUUUCAGAGAAGAAAAGCAUUUCUUAUGGAGGCUGUGUGGCGCAGCUUUUUGCAUUCAUUUUCUUUGUAGGAUCAGAGUGCCUUUUGCUGGCAGCAAUGGCCUAUGACCGUUACAUUGCAAUCUGCAAACCCUUGCGGUAUUCGGUCAUCAUGCACAAGGCCCUGUAUAGCCAGCUGGCGGCCUCCUGUUGGACAGGUGGUUUGCUCAACUCGGUGGUGCACACAGUGUUGACAUUCCGUCUUCCCUUCUGUGGCAAUAACAAGAUCAAUUAUUUCUUCUGUGAUAUCCCACCUCUGCUGGUCUUGUCUUGUGGGGACACGUCUGUCAAUGAGCUAGCAUUGCUGUGCAUUGGAGUCUUCAUUGGUUGGACUCCUUUUCUGUGCAUUGUCCUUUCCUACCUCUACAUCAUCUCUACCAUCUUGAGGAUCCGCUCCUCAGAGGGGAGACGCAAAGCCUUUUCUACAUGUGCCUCCCACCUGCUCAUUGUCCUCCUCUAUUAUGGCAGUGCCAUCUUCACAUAUGUCCGGCCCAUCUCCUCUUACUCAUUGGAGAAAGAUAGGCUGAUCUCGGUAUUGUACAGUGUUGUCACCCCUAUGCUAAACCCCAUCAUUUAUACUCUGAGGAACAAGGACAUCAAGGAGGCUGCAAAGACUAUUGGAAGAAAGUGGUAG